CUCUACACGGCGGCGGUAAACCAGGUGGCCAUACGAACAUUAGGCUUGGAAAGGUUCUUCAUGGACUACCUGUACAACAUGCGAGAGGAAUUCUCAACCAGCGAAACUAUUCUCCCCUUGACUGAAAGACAGGCGAGACCCAUGACCCGGUGGCUGGAUUCUUUGCCGGAAAAUCUGCUUCCUGUUAACGAAGGGACAUUGGAUAUCGAGGGACUACAGCAGUUCUGGCCAUAUCGCCCUGGUCUAGGUGACCCGACGCAGCCUGCAGCAGAACUCGAGUGGCUCUUUGAUCAAGAGCUGCAAGUCGGACAAGCCCUUAGAAGAGCAAGGAGAUUUGGCCAACAGACUGAAGAAUUUCAGCUCAUGCCUACUAUACCGGAAGGACAAGUACUGUCGAUGGAACAAAUACUCUACAACGAAAUAAUGGAUACAGUCGAAACCGCUGCGGACGGAGCGCAGUGGCAAGUGCCUGAGCCAUACGUAAGCAGCUGGAAUGUGAUCACUGGCUAUCCUACCAGAGUACCAACUCCAACUCAGAUGAUCUCCAGCUAUCAGUCAGUCAGAGUCAGUCCAUCUUUGUAUCCUACCGAGGAACCGGUUGCCGACCCUACACCAGGCCCAACUGCCGAACCAUCUGCAGAUCCGACUGCCCAACCGACUGUCCUUCCUACUGCAGAACCGAAUAGCGAUCCUAUCACUGGUCCAGAUACCGUUCCAAUCCAGAACAUGGGAGACCAACUUGGUAAUCUUGUUUUCUUAGCGGACGGCAGUUUCCAAAUCAUAGGCUAUGCUGGCUGGACGAUUGCCUCAGCAGCCGCUGACGCUCUACUCACAAGGUUGAACACCUGCAGUCCUGUAGGCGGGCACACACUCAUCCGCGCCCCCUCCGGAGAGUCGACCAGCUCAGGCGCAAACUUUGUUAUACAAGGUACUCUGACCAUGGCCAAGGGUGCUGAAGCCGGUGCUUGUUUCUCCGAGAUGAUCAAACAAGUGAACAAGAACCCCGGUUUCAAGCUCGUCGAGGAAGGCUUCGAAGACGCUUUGGAGCACAACCCCAUCGGCAAAAAAAUAAAGAUCCCAAAGCACAUACCAAAGUCUAAUCUCAAGAACUUGAGAUUCAAGUCUGUCAAGGACGUGCAAAACGCGGUAGUGCAGGUGCCUCAGAGGAUGUCAGAAAUAUCAAAGAACAUGGCAAAAAGCCUCAGGAAGACCGGAACGUUUAAGAAAGGAUGGUACAAGCCCAACAAACUCAUGAAGUCCAAGAUCUUUACGAAAGACGGAUGGGUGAAGUUUGCACAGAACAACUUGAACCCCAAGAACUUGUCCUUGAAAAAGGGGGCCCCGGCAUUGAAGAGUUUCUGGAAAAAAUUAGCAAGUCCCAAGAUGUGGUGGCGUUGGCUGAAGGUCCCAUUGCAAUGGCUAGCACAUCCAAUGCGCUUCUUGAAGCUCACGUUGAAGAUGCCAGUUUGGAACAAGGCUUUCAGUGGCAUCAUGACGUCUGGUGCGCUGAAGGCCUUGAUGAAACUUCGUCUGCCAUUCUGCCUCGUGAUCAGAUUGGGCUUCCGGGGGUUUACGUGUUGAGUCACGAUGAAGGAUUUUUAAAGAUUUUCUGCAGUGGCUACAUCGUGGUGGACAAGAGGGGCAGAUGUGUUGGUAGCGAGCAGAAAGUGUCAUAUGGAUAGAAGGCAUCGGUUGGAAGGUGUAGUGCACCUCGAUCUUGUCAAUAGCUGUCGAACCCCUUGACGAGUCGAGCCCUUUGGCCUAGAUCUUCAGACAGCUACAUGUGUUUCCGUUCUGCGGUAUCGUGAUCUGCGCUCAUAACCUGACUGUCAAGUCGACCUCACAUCC